AUGGCCUACCAGGACGUUCGAGCCAUUGACUGGCCAAAUGCAAUCAACAGCGAGGAAGACCCUCCGAUUUACUUGGGACCUUCCGUCGACCCAGCUUACAGGGAUACUCAUCAAUCAGACCACUGGGGCAGAAAUCGCGUGUUCAUAAUUGACCGCAAACAAUCGCCAGCUCGAAGCAUAGCCGGGCCCAGCACCCGCCUCUACCGAUGUUUUCAUUACUGUAACGAAGUUCAAUCACGCUGCUACGGCGGCGCUCUCGAUGUUGAAUUGGUAUUCCAGUCGUCCAACAACAUGGGUGUCGCGACUCGACAUCAUGCAGCUCGGGACAUCCUACCUUUCGAGAUUCCAAUGUCGCCAGUUCAUCACCCAAGUAUUGGCCAAGAAACACACAUUGGCGACCUGGAAACCUCAUCUGAAGGGCUAGGUUCUGGAUGUGGGCGCAUGAUGAGGAACAAUGAUCCAGUACCGGCCAUUCCGGACAUGCCUGAUACCUACGACUGCCCACUCCGCACUGUUCCGAAUGAGUUCAUGUUGGCGGUAAAAGUUCUUUGCUCAGUUUCUGGGAUACCAAGGCGACAAGGCCGAGGGCCCAAGACCACGAAUGUACAUUACCCCGCAAAUGAGUCAAGCGCAUUGCGGACACACAACUCAUAUUUGCAGUUAGUACACCAACAAGACUCAUACAUAGCUACCGAGCAGGCUUGGAAGCCUGGAAACAAAGUUCAUCCUCCGAAGAAAUAUCGUUUAUGCAGGACUACCAAGGACCAUCAAUACCUACACAGCUGUGACAGAGAUGAUCUUAUUGUGAAUAUUCACAUAGUAUGCAUUAUGCUUAUGCUCAUCGUAUGGGGCAAGGGUUCAGUGGGUGGCACAACAUUAGCCGGCCGGUCCAGCUCACUGCAUCGACAUGACAGCCAUCUCGUAUCUGCAGGUAGCCACACUAAUUUCCGACAUGAUCACGACGCAAGACCUGUACGUUUUUGUCUUCUCUUUGCCCUUUUUGUACUUGGAAUGGACCGGUCUCGCAUCAAUCAGCGUUUCUGUGGCUUCGAGUACCCUUUACCGGUACUCAAGCUUCUAGCUCCUGGUGCAAAUCGAUGGUUCGGAGGCACCAUAACUGAGAUUCUAUUACCCACUCCAUUGCCCCCCCUACCCCCGCAUUUCGACUCCAGUCCUCCAGACAGCUGGAAUUGCACCGUCUUGGCAUACGAUACACAUUCGGCUCAAAUGUACUUGGCAGAACUGGCGAGGAACUUUGCACGUGCCGUGAUUGCACCAGGGUCGGAACAACUGAACGACUUUCAGCAAAAUCGAUCUGACAUGCAUGCGCCGUGGUUCCCACGUUGUGUUAUGAAUCAUGCUUGUCCCUGGAUAUCAAAAGAGUAUCGUCUUUGA